AGCUAUCGAGAGGCUAAAACUCCUGCGCGGUCUGGGUGCGGCCUCCCUAAAGGCAAUCCCUAGGGCGGUGCGCGAGCAGAACGGACAAAUUAUAUGGCGCAAACAAAUUUCCGUCUGGCCGCAGCGCUCCUCUACGGCUUGCUCGUGUCCAAUGCAAUUGUGCCUUUGAACCCAAAAAAAAUCCCAUUCGGUGCUGCAAAUGCAGACACGUCUUCAUGGCGCAAAUCCCCGAGCUGCUCCGUCUACUACACCUGGCCAUCGGAGGCGGUCUACUGGAGAGGGGUCGCAGGGCAAUGCCAAGGGCGUUUCGGGUUUCUGGCCCAGGCGGAACUGUCCAUCAGAAAGCGGGUGUCUGUCGGGCGCUGUGACGACUCGGGGACGCAUCCGCAGCGCCAUGACAUUUGUAAGCUGGAUCAACAGACUCUGCAGUAUGUCAAAUGACUGCUGUGAUGCAUAUGCUAGAGACAAGGCAAACCCAGCGCCGUCCACACCGCUACCAUUGGCCUGUCCAUGAGCCUGGUGAAGGGGGUCAA